AUGCAGCUCUCCAACCUCCUCGCCGUUGCCGCUCUGGUCCUUCAGGUUCGAGGAGCUGUGCUCGAUCCAGCAUCCGCCGGGGGCAUGCAAGCCCGUAGCCCCGAAGUGGUUGAGGACGACGCAGCACAGUUAGCCGAUAGGUCCAUUUUCGGGUCCAUCUUUGGUCCAGACUCAGAGUCCGACCUCGAGGACGACAAGCACUGUGAUACCAAACGGGAUCCAUUGGCCGCACGUGAUGAUGCAACGGGAACGUGCAGUGGCAAGGACAAGUGCAAGUUCAAAGGACAAAACCCUCGAACUUGUAACGAUGGAGUGUGCAAUUCACAAUGUGGCAUGGACUCUUGCACCGGCUUGAUAUGGUGCGACUAA